GACAAUGUCCAAUAGACGCUGACGUGGGCGGGGCGUGGGCAGCCCCGGGGGUCUCGUCUGGUCCGCUGAGGCGGGGUCCGGACCGCGGGGCAGUUGGCGGCAGGUGGCACUGGCUGGAGGCCUGAGGGACUGUCAGAGGAGAACAACCCCACACUUUGGCCACCACAUCCACUGAGCCAGCUGUCACCUUGCACCUGCCCUGCACCAAGCCUCAAGCUGCUGAGCAGAGCCAUGUGUGUCUGGCCCUGCGACUGGGGCCGGUAGCCCCGACAGGCUUUGGUGUGUGACUCUGCUGUGGCCCUGUGGAGACCGGUGUGACCCAGGAGGCCACCAUGACGAAGCUGCUGGUGGCCAAGCUCCUCUGCAUGGUGGGAGUGUUCUUCUUCAUGCUGCUGGGCUCUCUGCUGCCUGUGAAGGUCAUCGAGUCUGACUUUGAGAAGGCUCACCGCUCGAAGAAGGUCCUCUCCCUCUGUAACACCUUCGGAGGUGGCGUCUUCCUGGCUACAUGCUUUAAUGCACUGCUGCCUGCAGUGAGGGAUAAGCUGCAGCAGGUGCUGAGUCUCGGACACAUCAGCACUGACUACCCUCUGGCAGAGACACUCAUGAUGGUGGGUUUCUUCCUCACGGUGUUCGUGGAACAGCUGGUGCUGACCUUCCGCCGGGAGCGGCCUCCCUUUAUAGACCUGGAGACCUUCAACGCUGGCUCAGACGCGGGCAGCGACUCGGAGUACGAGAGCCCAUUCGUGGGUGUGGGCGGCCGUAGUCACGGUCUGUACCCUGAGCCCACAGCGCACACCCAUGGCGCAGGGCUGCGGCUACGGGAGCUGGGCCGCCCUGGGCCGCUGCGGCUGCUCAGCCUGGUCUUCGCGCUGUCCGCACACUCAGUGUUUGAGGGCCUGGCACUAGGGCUGCAGGAGGAGGGUGAACGUGUGGUCAGCCUGUUCGUUGGCGUGGCAGUCCACGAGACGCUGGUGGCAGUGGCCCUGGGCAUCAGCAUGGCCCGCAGCGCAGUACCCCUGAAGGACGCGGCCAAGUUGGCUGUGACUGUGAGUGCCAUGAUCCCAGUGGGCAUUGGGCUGGGCCUGGGCAUCGAGAGUGCCCGCAGCGUGGCCAGCAGCGUGGCAUCGGCGCUGCUGCAGGGCCUGGCCGGUGGCACUUUCCUGUUUGUCACCUUCCUGGAGAUCCUGGCCAAGGAGCUGGAGGAGAGGCGUGAGCAGCUGCUGAAGCUGCUGUUCCUGGUGCUGGGUUACGCCGCUCUGGCCGGCAUGGUCUUUCUCAAGUGGUGAGCCUUGAAUUCCCGAAAGACAGAGCACGUCCCUCGCCAGCCACGCUCAAGGGCCACGGUCCACACACAGGAGCCUCCCGGGCUGGUCACCGUUCUCUGCCCUCUGCCAGAACCUGGCCCUGCAGACACUGCUUUUAAAAAUGUCUUAAAGCUCUUUACCAAUGCC